GUCACUGAGAAAGUAUGCUGCUGUUUUUGUGCACUCAGGAAAAGCUCUCAACUCUGAGCAGUGAGCAUCAUUCUGAUACAUUUUGAGGCCAAGUUCAGCAGCAGCAUCGCAGGAUACUAACAAAGAGACGACUGCCGUCGAGAUGUCAAACUCAGUCACACCACCACCAGGGACAGCAAGCACCACCAGGAACCUCACAGAGCAAUGGGAGCAAAUCAUCCACACUGCAAAGUGUGUGUACAUUUUCUUCGCUGCUGUGGGCUUCACUGCAGGCUGCUUCCUGAUGUACAGCUUCAGCCAGAGCUACAGAGCGCAGAGACGGCUGACCUGGAUCGACGGACUGCUCUGUGUUUACAGUGGUUUCCAGAUGCUGCUCCUGCUCCUCUCACUCAAUGCUGUGACCCACAGACCAGAGUACCUGCGGACGACAGCUCUGGGCUGUGCUGCACUCUCCUUCACCAUCAACACAGUCUCUCUCUGCAGCCUGUUUGUCUUGGUGCUCAUGGCUUACGUCCUAACUCUUGACCCACCGUCCAGAGCCCCUUUGAAGAAAGCCAGGGUAUGUACUGGUGUGGUGGGUGUCUCCUCGGUUUUGAUCUGCCUGGUUCUAGCAGGUAUUCGAGGACCAAAGACUGAUCUGCUUAAAGAGAUCCCCUGCUUUAUGGAUUCAGAUGGUGCUAUGGUUACCUACCCAGCAGCAAAGUUGUGUCUGACCUUUGUGAUUCCUUUUUCAUUUAUACUUGUUCUCCUUGUAUGUGGAUGUGUUAGGCAGAAGAAAUCUAACGGAAGGUUUCUGUCCGGCUUAGAGGAGGGUCCAGUCUUUCUGGUAGUCACUGUCGUGGUGCUGGUCUGCCACCUCUUCUAUGGCAUAUCGCUCGUGCGGGAUUCCAGACAAACCCAAGAACCAGUCCAUCGCAGGAGUGUGUUUCUCAGCGUGGCAGAGUUUGUACUGUUCAUGGGGAGCAGUGUCAGUCUGCUGCUGGUUCUGGUGAUGCACAGACCCUGUCGAGAGAGUCUCUUUGGAAUUUUCAGUCAACUUAAGGACUGUUGUCGAAGUCCAGUUCGCACACAGACCACCAGAAACAUCAUCACUCCACACAUCGAGAUAACGGAUACACUGCAGGACAUCGAGUCAUAGACCACGGAACUGAACCCCAAGAACAGAAACCUUAAAAGACUGGUAGAAGGAUUUCAGGCUUGGAACGCACUAGGUACAUUACAUCUUAUUUGGCACCUAGUACCUCUCCGUUCCCUGUGACUACCAUCCAAGUAUUUUGUUUUCCAUAGGUAUCCCAUUUUCCUCUUCUGCGCUCAACAAGUGCCUCCUGUGCCCUGUUAACUCACGAAGCUUACAACAAUCAAUAAAUAAAUACAAAAAAACAUCCAGGUUUGUCACGGCUACUCUCCUGCAUCAUGCCAUU